UUUCUUCCGUGAACUUGCAUAAAUUAUAAUUCUUUUUUUUUUCUUCCUUUUCCCACCCUAUAUAUAAAUAAAUAAAUAACCUAAUAAUCAUAGUGUUUUUCCUUUACUUCUAAAUCUAAUAUAUAGUUUUUAUUUAAAAAUCCUUAAGAAAUUUGUGCAUGUCAUACAUGGAGAUCAGAUCCUCCACCUUCAUCAGCAAUUGCUUCUUUCUCUUUCUGAUACUAAGUCUCCCUUAUUUUUCUAGAGGGGGAUUGGAAGCAUUGGAUUCAGAGAUUUAUGAGAUCGAUUAUAGAGGUCCGGAGACACACUCAUCUAUGCCUCCACCUGAUCAUUCCCAUGACAAGCCUCAUUACAAAAGCUCUACAGCUGCAACAAAAGCUAUAAUGGGUGUUCAUGCUACUAUGAAACAAAAGGUUAAGAAAGUCCAAGGAUGAUAAGCUUUGCAAGUGAACUAAGAUUCCAUUCUGUAAUUUUUAUUUUUACCGGGAUACCUUAACGGAAAUUGGAAUCAAAUAUCACGAUCUUUUGCAUAGGCUACUUUUUUAAUCUAUAAUACAUACUUUUUUUUUUAGCUUUAAUUCUUGUAAAUAAAAACUAUUUAUUGUUCAUCCUCAAACAUAGAUAAAUUUAUUUUUAGUCUUCGUUAUAUUUGUUUUAUUCACUUUAAUGUUAGUGUAUGUUAAAAUUAGUCCAUAGUCCUUAUUAUAGUGAAUAAAAUUACUAUACUUCAUACACUAUAUGGAUUAAUUUUAACAUAUGUGGACCAAUAUUAAAAGGACUACAAAACCAAAACAUGGAAGGCUAAAAGUGACUUUUCAUAUGUUUUAGGAACUUAAAUCAACAGUAGUUUUUUGAAGGAUUAGAACUGAAUUAGGUAUAAAUAUUUGCAGAGACACAGAUCUUUAUUUAAGAAAAAAAAAGCAUGUGUGUAAUUGAGAAUGUGUGGUGAUGCAUGCAAGUUUAAGAAAUGAACCGUGUGUAACAAUUAUGUUUGAUGAUUA